AUAAAUUUCAGUUAUUGAAAACCUAAAUUAUUAGUUAGGGGUUAACAUGGACCCAAAGCGGCCAACCGAUGAGGAAAUGGCGGCGGAGAAACCGUUAAAACCGGUACUCCAGAAACCUCCAGGGUUCCGUGAUGAGCAGAACCAACCAACAACGGAACCGCCGUCGGGAACAGCACCGCUUCCACGCCGUCGGCCGAGGCCUAUCCAUCCGGUGUCACUCUACCCGGAGAAGAAACGUCGCUGGAGCCGCUGCCGCGUUUUCUGCUGCUGCUUCUGUAUAUUCCUCGCCGUGAUUCUUCUCCUCCUCCUCAUCGCCGGCGCUGUUUUUUUCCUUUGGUACAGCCCUAAACUCCCCGUGGUCCGCCUUGCCUCUUUCAGAACCAGCAGCUUCAACUUUUCCAGCGGAAAAACCGACGACGGUUGGUCGUUUCUGACAGCGGACGCGGCGACGAUGCUCGACUUCAGAAACCCUAACGGUAAGCUGGGGCUUUUCUACGGAGAUGCUGACGUGGCUGUGAUCCUCGGAGAGAAAGACUUUGAGACCAAUUUGGGGUCAACGAAAGUCAAAGGCUUUGUUCAGAAGCCAGGGAAUCGGACGGCAGUGAUCAUCAGGACGAGAGUGAGGACGCAACAGGUGGAUGAUCCGACAGCGAAGAGGCUACGGGCAGAGCUGAAGAGUAAAAAGUUGCUGGUGAAGGUGUCAGCUAAGACGAAGGUUGGAUUUGCUGUGGGUAGUCGAAGGAUUGUUACUGUGGGCGUUAGUCUCAAAUGCGGCGGUGUUAGAUUACAAACGCUUGAUUCGCAAAUGGCCAAAUGCACCAUCACAAUUCUGAAAUGGAUUAAGUUGCGGUCAUGAGAUAACGGUGUGGUUUGGCUAAGCCUCAAAGGACAUGUCAGAAACCAUAAGAGCUAUCAAAUACUAUUUAUUCAGCAAUGUUUCUAUUUCUAGUUCAGUUUCAAUUCGUUACAAAUAUAUAUAUGUGUUAUACAUAUACCUAUUGAUCAUUCAAUGUUAGUCGCUUGUGUUAUGUUUUGGGCAUUUAGAGUACCAAAUUGUUUGUUCUUUU